CGCCCGCGGACGGGUUGCAGGGCUGGGCGCGCGCCCGCGUCCUGGGCAGGAAGAUGGUGGCGAGCGCGCGGGUGCAGAAGCUGGUGCGGCGCUACAAGCUGGCGAUCGCCACCGCGCUGGCCAUCCUACUGCUGCAGGGCCUGGUGGUGUGGAGCUUCAGCGGCCUGGAGGAGGACGAGCCGGGCGAGAAAGGAAGACAGAGGAAGCCACGGCCACUGGACCCCGGUGAGGGCUCCAAGGACACAGACAGCUCGGCGGGCAGAAGGGGCAGCGCGGGCAGGAGGCAUGGGCGCUGGCGGGGCCGCACGGAAAGCCCGGGCGUGCCCGUGGCCAAGGUGGUGCGGGCGGUCACCAGCCGGCACAGAGCCAGCCGCAGGAUCCCGCCAGCCCCACCCCCGGAGCCCCCAGGCCGGCAGAACCUGAGUGGGGCAGCAGCUGGGGAGGCCCUGGUGGGGGCCGCAGGCUUCCCGCCACAUGGGGAUACGGGGAGUGUGGAGGGCGCGCCCCAGCCCACAGACAACAGCUUCACCCCGAAGUGUGAGAUUGUGGGCAAGGACGCGCUGUCGGCCCUGGCCCGGGCCAGCACCAAGCAGUGCCAGCAGGAGAUCGCCAACGUGGUGUGUCUGCACCAGGCCGGGAGCCUCAUGCCCAAGAUGGUGCCACGGCACUGCCAGCUGGCGGGCAAGAUGAGUCCCGGUAUCCAGUGGGACGAGUUCCGGGCCCAGCCGCCUGUGGACGGCCCCCCAGUGCGCAUCGCCUACAUGCUGGUGGUGCACGGCCGCGCCGUCCGCCAGCUGAAGCGACUCCUCAAGGCCGUGUACCACGCACAGCACUUUUUCUACAUCCACGUGGACCAGCGCUCUAACUACCUGCACCGUGAGGUGGUGGCACUAGCCCAGAGGUAUGACAACGUGCGGGUGACCCCCUGGCGUAUGGUCACCAUCUGGGGUGGUGCCAGCCUCCUGAGGAUGUACCUACGCAGCAUGCGGGACCUGCUGGAGGUCCCUGGCUGGGCCUGGGACUUCUUUAUCAACCUCAGCGCCACUGACUACCCAACCAGGACCAAUGAAGAGCUGGUGGCAUUCCUGUCCAAAAACCGGGACAAGAAUUUCCUCAAGUCACACGGCCGGGACAACUCCAGGUUUAUCAAGAAGCAGGGCCUGGACCGUCUCUUCCACGAGUGUGACUCGCACAUGUGGCGUCUGGGCGAGCGGCAGAUCCCGGUGGGCAUCGUGGUGGAUGGCGGCUCUGACUGGUUUGUGCUGACACGCAGCUUCGUAGAGUACGUGGUGUACACUGACGACCCACUGGUGACGCAGCUCCGGCAGUUCUACACAUACACGCUGCUCCCAGCCGAGUCCUUCUUUCACACCGUGCUGGAGAACAGCCCAGCUUGCGAGAGCCUCGUGGACAACAACCUGCGGGUCACCAACUGGAACCGCAAGUUGGGCUGCAAGUGCCAGUACAAACACAUCGUAGACUGGUGCGGCUGCUCCCCCAACGACUUCAAGCCCCAGGAUUUCCUGCGGCUGCAGCAAGUUUCCAGGCCUACCUUCUUCGCCCGGAAGUUCGAGUCCACUGUGAAUCAGGAGGUCCUGGAGAUUCUGGACUUCCACCUGUAUGGCAGCUACCCUCCGGGCACGCCAGCGCUCAAGGCCUACUGGGAGAACACGCAUGACGCAGCAGACGGCCCAGGCGGGCUCAGCGACGUCCUGCUCACUGCCUAUUCCGCCUUCGUCCGCCUUGGCCUGCGCCACGCCGCCACUGCCGCACCCCCACCAGGCACCCCGCUCUGCAGGUUUGAGCCCCGGGGUUUGCCGUCCAGCGUGCACCUGUAUUUCUAUGACGACCAUUUCCAGGGCUACCUGGUGAUGCAGACAGUGCAGCCCUCAGCCCAGGGGCCAGCAGAGAUGCUUGAGAUGUGGCUGAUGCCCCAGGGGUCGCUGAAGCUGUUGGGGCGCAGUGACCAGGCCAACCGGCUCCAGAGUGUGAAGGUUGGCACCGAGUGGGACCCCAAAGAGCGUCUCUUCCGGAACUUCGGGGGGCUGCUAGGACCACUGGAUGAGCCUGUGGCCAUGCAGCGCUGGGCCCGGGGUCCCAACCUCACAGCUACCGUGGUCUGGAUUGACCCAACCUAUGUGGUGGCCACAUCGUAUGACAUCACAGUGGAUGCAGAGACUGAGGUCACCCAGUAUAAGCCUCCGCUGAGCCGGCCGCUGCGGCCAGGAGCCUGGACCGUGCGGCUGCUGCAGUUCUGGGAGCCUCUGGGUGAGACCCGCUUCCUCGUGCUGCCCUUGACCUUCAACCGCAAACUACCUCUCAGGAAAGAUGAUGCCCGCUGGCUGCACGCGGGGCCGCCCCACAACGAGUACACGGAGCAGAGCUUCCAGGGCCUGAGCGGCAUCCUGAACUUGCCCCAGCCUGAGCCUGCGGAGGAGGCUGCCCGGCGGCAUGCAGAGCUCACGGGGCCCGCCCUUGAGGCCUGGACAGACACAGAACUGAGCAGCUUCUGGUCCGUGGCAGGACUGUGUACCACAGGCCCCUCUGCCUGCCCAUCCCUGGAGCCUUGCAGACUGACCAGCUGGAGCUCUCUGUCCCCAGACCCCAAGUCAGAGCUGGGGCCUGUCAAAGCGGAUGGGCGACUCAGGUAGCAGGGUCCCAGCCAGCACACCCGGAGGACCGGGAAUUGCACCUUACAUACGGACAGAGAGUGGCGCGUGUCCCGCCCACAGGUGAGGCAAGAGGCCCAGGCAGUCACCCAUUCCAGCCAUCAAGAGCCUGCAGGCACAGCCAGGUGGCUCUGCUAGGGACCCCAGGAGCAGGAACCCGCGUCCCCUUCUGGGUCUGCCUCCCCCAUCUCUGGUUUGUACUUUUUUAAAUAUAAAAAGGGUGGUGGGGGUGGAACUAGAAACAGAAGAUGUGCAAUAGCACCUGGAGCAGCCCCAGGAUGUGGCCACGUGGCGAGCCCUUUUGCCGCGGUCCUGGGACGCUGGGGUUGCCUCACUGUCCCGGGCCUUGUCUCUAGCUGGGCCUUGGUACUCACAGCUGAGGCUCUGUGACAGGCAGAGCAGGUGACAUGGGGCCAUUGCUGUGGAGCUGGGCCCCCUGGGACAACCUCUCCUCUGAUAGCCAGGGGAGCCCAGAGCAGGGAGGGGCUGGCUCUGGGUCCCAGUACACCUGCCCCAAAGUGGCACAGCAGGGCAAUGGGAUCUGCUGCGCCAAGCCAGGGAGGGUCCCAGGCGCUCCAGGUGCCUGCCAGAGGGAUGACCUCAGUAGCGGCCUGGGUGAGGACCAUCGGGUCAGGGUGCUCAGAAGAACCCGGAGCUGCAUUGUGCCUGAAGCUGGUGUGGAGUCUGAAAUAUGCAACAGAAGAAAUAUAUCUCUAUUGCUCUGCGCCCA